GAACUGAUGACAGGGUCUAGCAGGUCGGUCCUGCGAAUCGGCGUCGUUUGUAAGUUGAAAGCUCUCUUUCGUCGUUUGAUUCGAUUCCACCGAUUGUUGAAGAGAACUCGAGACAGGGAGCAGCAAUGGCGCGGCCGAGCAAAGAGCCGUGCAAGAAGCAGGCGUGCGACAUUCAAGCUUGCCUCUCCAAGAACAACUUCCUCCCCCAAAAGUGCGUCAAAGUCAUAGAAGCGCUACAAUCUUGCUGCGAACAAUGCGAAUACAAAUCAACACAUUGUGGUUCCGUCUCCGGCCUUCUGAAGCAGAUACCUAAAUGAGAUUGUGAUGUCUCCCAUAUUCUAAUCAGGCAGGCGAUUUUCGGUUUGUUUCCUUUUCAAUUGAAGGCCGGUGCUGAUCAGAGGCUUGGUCUGAUUUUCGAUAUUAGUUACUUAUUUGAAGACGGCACGGUCAAUGUGCAUUCUGAGGUUCAGCAGACUGCUAUGCAAAUGAGAGAAGCAUGUAGCCGGUGCAGUGGAGGCUUUGCAAGUCAUUCAUAGAGAUAGAACGGAGAAUUUUGUUAGUUGUAAUUUGUUAGUUGUAGUUUGUUCGUAUCGAUAUCUGACACUCUGCGUCAGUUUUUUCCCAAUGAUGUUCGGUUAGUUGUUUUCAUAUGUCAUUGUAAUGUAUCUUUUCCACAACUCUUUCCAUACAGCCAUUUACAUUGUUUAUGAGGUACGUGCUUC